CGGGCAUCCCCCAAUGCAUAUUGUUACACGCGCAAGCUCGGAAAAACCGACCCUGUGAUCGAUAAUGGAGUUGGGGAGGCCACACCGUGCUCCUCAUUCUGUCAUAUCACUGUUCAGUUAAUACAAGUCACACAUAAAAUAUCUCCAGUGCUCUUUUUUCAUCAUAACAUUUAUCAUUAUUCUUCUUCUUAUUAUUAAAGUUAAUAUUACUAUAAUUUUUUUAAUUUUAUCAUCACUGUGGCAAUUUUAUUAAAAUAAAAUAUUAGUUUAAUUAAAAAUAACUAAAAACAAAAAGAAAUAAUCAAAGUGGUUAUCAGCAGAGGGAUGAAGGAAUGCUUACUGCCCAUUUUAUUUGUUCUAAUUGUAUUUUCAACUCCAGGAGAAACCGAUAUCGUCUCUUUUGCUACUGUGAAGACAUGGGCGCACAAACUUGGCUUCGAACUCUCACAGCUGGGAAAAUACGUGACGAAUGUUCAAAAAUUCGAAGAGAGUUACAAACAGGCUGACGUUAAAGCACAUGAUGGCAGUGCUCUUGUCCAUGAGAUUGCCAAAGAUAUUAAAGAAAUGAUGGAGUCUAAAAUAUCAGCCAUUAGAAGAAUAAUGGACAUAGCAGAAACAUCAGCAUUGUCAAAUAACGAUGCAGUACCUGGGCAAGAAUUCCAGUAUGUCAACGCGAAGAAUAAUUCUAUUGAAUAUGAAUUCAGUCGACACUUUGGUGGCGAAGUAAAUAUCACUAAAUCAGCAGUGCAUGUGCCGACGAAUGUUUACGAUCGCGCGCCAGAUGUAAUCAGAGCGAUAAAGUGGUCUGAAGAACUGGAUCAAACGUUUAUCAAUAAUUAUGAACAUGAUCCUUCAAUAUCGUGGCAAUAUUUCGGUAGUGUUACGGGUUUCAUGCGUCAAUACCCAGCGACAACGUGGAAUCCUAAGCCAGUUGACUUGUUUGAUUGUAGGACACGUGGCUGGUACAUUGAAGCUGCCACAAGUCCUAAGGACAUUCUAAUAUUAGUCGAUGUGUCGGGUAGUAUGACUGGAAUUCGACGUGAAAUAGCGCGACACGUGGUCAAUAAUAUUUUAGACACACUCGGGAAUAAUGAUUUCGUAAACAUUAUUCUAUUUUCCAAUGAAACUCAUGAGGUAGUUCCCUGUUUUAAUGAUACUCUUGUGCAAGCUAAUUUGGCGAAUGUUCGUGAAUUAAAAGAAGCUAUAGAAACUAUUAAAACAGAUAGGAUCGCCAAUUUUUCACUUGUAUUGACGCAAUCGUUUAGAUUACUCGAGCGUUUUCGACUAAAUAAAGAAGGAGCUGCUUGUAAUCAAGCGAUAAUGCUUAUAACUGAUGGAGUACCAUAUAAUUACAAGGAAAUAUUUCAAGAGUGGAAUUGGAAUAAUACCGACGAACCAGACAAAAUUGAUAUGCCUGUAAGAGUGUUCACUUAUUUGAUAGGUAGAGAAGUUACUGAUGUCAGAGAAGUUAAGUGGAUGGCAUGUGCUAAUAGGGGUUAUUAUGUGCAUUUGUCUACUUAUGCUGAAGUUAGAGAGCAGGUAUUAAAUUAUGUACCAGUAAUGGCAAGACCUCUGGUAUUACGCAAAGACGAUCAUCCAACUAUAUGGACACCAGUAUACGCAGAUAUAACUGAUCCUAAAAUGACAGACUGGCUUUGGGAACAAAAAGAGUGUGAAAAACAAAAAGAAUUAUUCCUAGCUUAUCGUAGAGAUAGAAAUUUAUUCAAUUCUAAAGAUCAGAGAGAUCGUCGGUUUGCUCAUAAACCUAAAAAACAAUAUCAUGAUCAUCAAGAUCCUGAUUUACAGGAGUAUCAAUUGAUGACAUCUGUCAGUAUUCCUGUAUUCGACCGAAGGAAAAAUGCGAAUAUCACCGAGAUGGUGCUGAUUAAAGAAGCUUACUGGGUGGCUCAGACUAGAGAGAGUAGAGUUGCUAAUUUACUCGGAGUCGCUGGGACGGAUGUACCGAUACAAGAAAUCCAAAAACUUAUGAUGCCACAUAUGUUGGGCGUUAAUGGACAUUCUUUUAUCGUGACUAAUAAUGGUUACGUUCUCAUUCAUCCCGAUCUUAGGCCAGUGUUUCAAGGCAUACUAAAGCCAUCAUACAAUGCUGUCGAUAUGGCUGAAGUUGAAUUAAUGGACUCGGGUAGAGGUCCACGUGAAUUUGACGAAGGUAUAUUGACGUUUCGGGACGAGGUUAUUGAUCAGUUGAACGGCAGUGUAAUACUACACACGAAAUAUCACUACGACGACAUGAAACGAGUCGGGAGAGUUAAGAGAAAAUAUGAUUACACUGCUAUUGAUAAUACGCCCUUUACAUUGGUGGUUUCUUUGCCAGAACACGGUCACGGUAGCUAUCGUGUUCAUGCCACUGAAGAAAUACAUCGCGCUCAUGUUAAUGGACAAAAUGCGACAGAUUAUUUUGCGGAUAGCAACUGGCGGAUACAUCCAGAUUGGAUUUAUUGCAAGUAUCAUUAUGAAGAUGCACAUAAAGAUAAAUACAAUUCUUCAGAACAAUUGCUUGUGCAUUUUUUGACACGUACCCGCCAGCCGGGAUGGUUUUGGAGCGACAGAAAGUUGCCGUCUCAACCACCGGAAUAUUCUGUCUCUGGUUCUGCUAGUUCAGGAUCACAUUCUAAUCCAAAUACUUCGGAUAAAAAUUCAUAUUACUGUGAUAGAGUACUUUUACAAAGUCUGGUUCAUGAUGCUAAGGUAACCGAAUGGUUUGCAAACAUCAACCAGACUCGCGAAGAAAAAGGACCUUUAGCUAGGCUGAUGAACCUCCUGCCCAGGAAACAAUUCCAACAACGUUUCGGAUUUACACUUGCAUUUAUGGCAACUCACAGUGGCUUGACCAGAUGGCAAGAUUUUCCAUUGGAUGACUCGGAAGAAUCUGCAACACCACCCCAUGAACAUUUUAGCAGACUAUAUCCACGUGCUAUUGAUGAAAUUUGGUACAAGCGUGCUGUUGAGCAAUACUAUGUUCAACCAGACAGCUUUGUAUUCUCGGUGCCUCUUGAUGAAGAAGGAGCAGACAAUACAACUCUCGUCACGGCUAGUCGAGCUAUUUUUAUAGGUCAAGGAAAUGCCAAAGCUCCAGCUGCAGUAGUUGGAUUUCAAUUUCAGCAUACAGCUCUUCGAAAACUUUUUCACAAUAUCACAUCGACUUGCGACAAAGCAACGAAUUGUCCUCGUAAUUGUAAUGAUAGCAGCUUAGCUUGUUAUUUGAUUGAUAAUAAUGGAUACGUAAUAGCUUCGAAACUUGAGGCGGAUGCUGGAAAAUUUUUUGGUCAAGUUAGAGGCCCUGUGAUGAAUAGCUUAGUUGAUGAAGGUAUUUUUAAUAAAAUUAGAGUAUAUGAUUAUCAAGGUGUGUGUUUUAAACAAAUUGCAAAUCCAAAUUGCGGUAGUGUACUUUUUACGCCCAUAAGAAUGAUGCAAAAAGCUGCAAGUUGGUUGCUGGCUCAAUUAGUAUGGACAUGGGCUAAAGUAGGAUUUUGGCAAUCUGAUUAUGCGUAUGGACAUACUUUUGAUUAUGAAAGCGAAGAAGAACAUAGUCAUAAUGAUUAUGAAGAUCAUGAUGACAGAUCGUCGGAAGACAAAGGAGAAAAAACUUACGACGAUCGAGUAAUUAUAAAUAGAACUAAACCGCAAUCUUGUGAUAAAGAAGUUUACCUUUAUUUAUUGAAAAACGAGUCGACAAAGGUUUAUGACGUCGACCUAGACACGGGUAAAGGGUGUACUCGACCGUACGUUGUACAACCGGUCGAUUUCAGUAACAUGUUAUUAAUAGUUGUCGAUUUAAAUUGUCCUAAUACAGCAGAGCCGUAUGUGGAUAUAGAACCUGUAGAAGUUAUUUAUUUCAAUACCACACUGGCUUGCCAAAAAGCAUCUACAAAUAUGAAACGGCGAAGACCGUUGUCUUGUAUCAGAAACCAUCUUCAAGAAAGUGAAAUAAAAGAUCAGUGUGGUCUCGCGUCGACGAUAAGACCUAAUUCAGGUCUUCUAAUAUCUAUUAUUUCGGUAAUUACCAUUACGAGGCUAAUACGUACUUAAACAUUUUUAUUAAUAAUUGUAAGUAUAAUUAUAAAAUUAGAUUUAUAACUUUCCACAAACGGUUCAGAGCCGAUGUCAAAUUUUUGAUAAGGUAAAAUUAAAUUUAAUUGAACUUGUAUUUAUUGCGUCGAUCGCAAGAAAUAUUAGUUGCUAAAUUUGGAUCCGAGUGCUUUUUGAAUAAAAAAAAAAUAUAAAUAUAUAUUAAUAAUAAUUGUUUAAAAAAUUAAACGUCACGGUUUAAAUAAAUUAAUGAUGUACAGCGUAAAAUAUAAGUAUUCUAUAGAAUAAAAUUUACAAAUUGUUGCACGUAUUAUGUAUAAAAAAGGAAGUAAUUUUGUGAACGCUAAUGUAACUGUUAAUUUUCUUACAAGAGUAUAUUAUUAAUUAUAAUUAAAUUAAAAUAAUAGAUAAAUAAGAAUAAAAAUAGUGAUUAAUAAUAAUUAACAAAUUUAAAGUCCGCCGGUCAUAAAACCUGGUGUUUUUGUUAAUCAAAGUACUUUAGUGUACUUAUAAAAACAAAAUUAAUAUUAAUAAUAAUAACGAUGAUUAAACAAAUCCUUCAAUACUAAAAUUUAAAUGGACCAUUAAAUGGAUAUUCAAUCAAUUAAAAAUAAAAAAUGAAGAUUGUACAGAAUUUAAAUAAAAUUCCGUAAGUUUCUUAAUGAAUUAAUUAAAGUAUUAAUAAAUACAUUUGUCACUUUAACUAAUAUUUUAUCACGAGUUCAUCGGAUAUUGCAUUCUCAAAUCAAUAGAUAGGAUUUUAUAAUAACAUAACUUUAAAUAAUAUUAAAAUCAAUUAGUAAAUAAAUAACUACCUAUGUUGAUAUUCUCACUUUGUAAAUUCAUCGAUUUGAGAUAACUAAAACUUAAUUAUUCUUAUGAUAAAUAAUUAAAUAACAACUAAUGUUAAUUUUGUAAAUUAAUGUAUCAUAAUAUUUAAGACGGUAUGUAAAAUUGUGUGCCUUCCAUUUAAAAUUAUGUGCGGCACGCGGUUAAACGAUAAUCUUGUUGUAUGUUUUUCAAAAUAAAUCAUUGGAUCCUA